AAUAAUAAACUAAUAUAUUGAAGAUCACUGAAGAAGACAAUGACCACAACAACAACAACAGCGAAGAAGGACUCGUUUGAUCGCUUCGGCGAUGAUUUGGCGGAACUAUUGCUUCAAUAUCUGCCGAUAAAAGACAGACUUAUACUGCAAUCGGUGUCCAAACAGUGGUUGGCAUUGAUAUUCACGACACAAACUGAUCUCAUAUUUGGUAAAAAGCUAAAUAAUAUGUCUUUGAACUCAAUUGAUCUCAACUAUUAUGAGACGAUAAUUAAAUGGUUUGAAGUGAUUGUAUCAAAAUGUCCGAACAUUACCGCAGUUAACAUAAAUGUUAGUAUAAAAUUUCCCGGUUCUGUCCAUAUAAUGAAUCAAAUAAUGAAUUUAUUGAUCAAAUACUGUCACCAAUUGCUACACAUCUCUAUUGAACUUCAUUACAGAGGCCUCUGGUCGGACUUCGACAGUAUGUUUGAGAGUUUAUUCACAAAAUUUGGCCGACAAUUGUUGACAUUCAAGUUUGACGGCAAUAAUCUUAGAUUUAAUAAACAAUUGUUUUACGAUGUGGUCAACGGUGUGACUAACCUGAAGACAUUGGAUAUCAUUUACAGGGGAAGACUCUUCGGUUCCGGCAGAAAAAGUUCUGUCCAAUUGAAUGAUAUUUUCAGAGAUAAUAAUAAGUUUUAUUCGUUACCGAAAUCGUUGCAAUCAUUGAACAUAAAACUUGACGACACAUCGUUGCCGUUGUUCGCAAAUUUUGCCGAUAUUUAUGGCCACCAAUUGAUAUCAUUGACUCUACUAAUAGACGAGUCUGUUGUCGAUGAGGACAAGGAAUGGGCCGUUAAUCUCAAGCCAUUAUCGACCGGUUUUCGACAAAUGCCGCGAUUAAGACAACUCAUGUUUGAUUUGCCGAUCAAUUUUAGCCUAGAAUUUAUCGGCGAUUUAUUUACGACAAUUGGCCGCAAUUGUCGCCAACUUAAAUCUUUACACUAUGAAUGUCGAUCAUAUUAUUCAAAUAUUUCUAUAAUUAAUCCAAUGUUUGACGCAAUCGAUGAACAUAUGUCUCGACAAUUGAGACGAUUAUCAGUGGAUUGUUCGGCCGUUUAUGACAACGACUUAUUACUGACCAGCGGUUCGCUAAACCGAUUGCACGCAUUGACACAUUUGAUACUUCGGUCAAACGUCUCGAGUAUAAUUGGUGACCAGUUUUUUCGUGAUAUUCAUCGCAAUCUUCCGCGACUACAGUAUAUCAAAUGCGACAGAAUGUCCAUCACUGAUGAGUCGAUCGCCGCUAUGGGACAGUUGGCACACCUCAGGGAUGUCUAUCUUCCGACCUAUGGAUACAUUGAGAAGACAAGUGAAGCUAAUAUUAGACGGCAUUUACUGAUCGACACAAAAGUUAAACACUUGUUUUUGGUUUACAAGGAUUCAAUAGAUGGUAUACAACAGGUGUUUAAAUGCGGUAAAUAUGUUGAUAAUGAUAACCAAAUUAGUAGUAAUAGUUUUAUUGGUAGUCUUAUAGCUAGUGAUAGCGAUUAAAG